AUACAAGCUGGACCGGGAGGAAAACGCUCUUGAGCGCUUAUUUUGGCUCUCAUGGAGGGCGCGUGAUUGCGUGAUGAAAGAGAAGAGGACUGCUGCGAUCAUGAACGAAUGUAAAAUAUACCACCGAUUUUAGGCAGGCAUUGGUGGGAAAAACAAGAAAAUCGCCCAGCAAUGGAGAAUCAGGCGGCGAUGGAGCUGCAGAGCUAUGAGGACGUGAGGAAAAGCGGUUAUCUCCGCAAGCAGAAAUCUAUGCACCGGCGCUUUUUCGUUCUCCGGGCUGCAUCAGAGCAGGGCCCGGCUAGACUCGAAUAUUAUGAAAAUGAAAAGAAAUUCCGAAGCAAGUCACCUGUCCCAAAGAAAGCAGUUUACCUGGACUCCUGCUUUAACAUCAACAAACGGGCAGAUUCAAAGAACAAGCACAUGAUAGUGAUGUAUACCCGCGGGGAGAGCUUUGCCAUAGCUGCGGAUACCGUGGAGGUCCAAAACGAAUGGUACCAGGCCAUGUUGGAUCUACAGCUUAAAUGUAAGACUCCUGAUAACUGUGGCAGUGAAGGAGACUGUGGAAUGCCUUCCCCUGGCCCUGCCUUUAAGGAGGUCUGGCAGGUUAAAGUCUGGCCCAAAGGUUUGGGCCAGGCCAGGAAUCUAGUUGGCAUCUACCGACUUUGCUUGACUGACAAAACAGUAAAUUUUGUCAAACUCAACUCUGAUGUUGCAGCUGUAGUCCUCCAGCUGAUGAAUGUGCGACGCUGUGGCCACUCUGAAAACUUUUUUUUCAUUGAAGUGGGUCGUUCUGCCAUGACGGGCCCUGGUGAAUUCUGGAUGCAAGUAGAGGAUUCAGUGGUGGCACAGAACAUGCAUGAGACCCUUCUUGAGGCCAUGAAGGCCCUGAGUGAAGAGUUCCGGCAAAGAAGUAAAUCCCAGACUGCUGGCAUGUCUUGUGGAGGUGGCACUGCCUCUAACCCUAUUAGUGUACCAUCUAGACGGCACCACCCAAAUCUGCCACCCUCCCAGGUUGGCUUUUCUAGACGUUCUAGAACAGAAACACCAGGAGUACCUCAUAGCAACAACACGUCCCCCACUCCACCACAUGGAUUCUCUAGGUCACGAACUGCGAGUAUUGGGGCUCGAACAGAGGAUGGAGGGGGCAGAGCAACAGCACUAAGCGCCAGCCCGAGUCUCAAUGGUUCAUCUCGCUCAACUACCCCAACCCUGCGACCGAAACCCACACGAGCACCCACUCCAGCCAAGAUCACCCUGAGCCUAGCACGGUACACCCCUAACCCUGCACCUUCCCCAGCUCCUAGCCUCUCUUCCAGCUCUGGACACGGGUCAGAAUGUGGGUUGGGAGUAGCUACCUUUGGGACAGUGCCUAUUUGCGCCUAUGCCCGAAUUCCUCAGAGAGUGUCCAUGUCAGGAUCACCGAGUGAUUAUGGUUCCUCAGAUGAGUAUGGUUCCAGCCCUGGCGAGCACUCCCUGCUAGCCACAGGGCUCACUGCUGCCCUGGUUGAUGGCGGUACCAGUUACAUCCUGAUGGGCCAUCGAGAAGGUUCUCACAAACGUGCUCAUGGACGCAGGGUUCUUCGUCGAUCAUCUAAUCGUGAGUGUGAAGCUGAGCGCAGGAUGCUCAGCAAGCGAGCUUCAAUACCCCCUACCUCUGUCAAGGAAGGCUUGGUCUCUCUUCACAGGAAAGAGGAAGAGGAUGAUGAAGAAGACUAUGCAGUGAUGUCACACAGUGCAAGUAGAGAGUCUUUCACUUCAUGCCAAGGUUCAGGAGGUUCAGCUACAACAUCAUUGUUGCAACUGGAAAAUUCAGCAGAUAAAGGUGUCAGUACUAAAGGGGGACUUGAGGACUUCUCAGUAGACAGUGGCUACAUGUCCAUGUUACCUGGUGUUACGGCUCCUCCUGCAUCAAUGUCAUUAUCAGUCUCUGGUUCAGAUGUCAUUUCAAAGGGUGGAGAUGAAUACAUGUCAAUGACUCCCAAUAGUAGUGUCUCACCACCUCAGCACAUCUGUCUCCCCAUCAAUGAAGGAUACAUGAUGAUGUCUCCAAACAGUAGCUGUUCAUCAGAUUUGCAUGGCCUGAGUGGAUGCAUCUGGAGCAGCAGGGGCAGCAUGGAGAGUCGGGCAGGCAGCGACUAUAUGAACAUGUCACCUAUAAGUGCCAGAUCAGCAUGCAGUACUCCUCCAUCACAGCCAGAGCAUCAACCAUUGCAACCAAAAAUGGUCUAUUCCUAUUUUUCUUUGCCACGUUCUUAUAAACACACAACCCUCUCAACCCGCUUUGAGGAUGAUCUGGACAGGGUUUGUAUUGGUAGAGGUGAAAGGGAAACUGGAGGAAAGAUCAGGCAUAGUGGUUACCAUUGUGGAGGGGACGCAUCUGGGGUCUCAGGUGGUGGUGGCCAACAAUCUCUGUCCUCAUCCUCUUUCUCCUCUAGCUCAGCUAGCAGUGAAAGCCUUGAAGACAGGUCAAUGUGUCUGUCUGUAGGUGGAGUGGGAAGGGCAAGUAGGUUGGGCACAGGACACAGAGUAGGGGGUGCUCACCCCAAAAUCUCCCACCACCAUCACCAGCAGAGAUGUGGACCAGGUGUCCAGAAACAGGGUCAAUUACAGCAGAGGAAGGACAAGUCCUCCAGCUUUUUUGUGAAUAUGUCCAAAGCCAACACGCUGCCAAGGGUCAGGGAGACUUUGCUGCCAACUCCAUCCCCAAGCCCUGGAGAAUAUGUAAGCAUUGUUUACCAGGGUGAGCGAGCAGGGCAUUACAAAGGGAGGAGUACAGCUGAACCGGGGAACCCUAUGGCACAAGGACCUCAAAGAGCCUUUCACAGACCACAGCCAUGUCAGAGUGGGACUGUCAUUCUUCCUCUGAGCUUCUCAGCACCCCUUUCCACCUCUAUCUCUUUAUCCUCUGAAUAUGUGAACAUGGACUUAGGUAACUCACCUUCUUCUCUUACUUCCCUCUCCUCUUUCAACCCUGCCCCAAAAGUCAGAGAGGAGCUCACAAGAACUCCUCAAGUGGAUCAAGAAGUGGCACAUUGGAAUAGCAGGGAGACAGAUUUGACAUCUGCAGAUGUGGCUUCUUCUCCUUUCACAGACUAUACUGAGAUGAAGUUUGGAUCCCCAAAGUCCCCAAAACCUGGCCAAACACCCCAGCCAUCAUCCAUGAAGCAGGAGCACAACAUGAAUUUCUCCUCACCAAAUUCUUUUACAAAUGUGGAACAGGGUGCACGACUAGUCAGGGCUGAAUCAUCAGCAAGAAGACGGCACCUCUCAGAGACAUUCAUGGCCCCUCCAAUUCUCCCCAUCUCCCCCUCUGCCUCUCCCUCUCCUUUUCCUGAAACACCACAUGGUGCUUCAACACGACAGCAAGGAUUAGAGCAUAACCUUUGGACUAGUGGUCAACCACCCUCCCCACAGUGUGCCAGCCCUGGUGUAGCAAAUCUACCUGCUGCUCAGGCAUCUUCUUUGGCUCUGGAGAAAGUCCUGAACUACAUUGAUUUAGACUUGGUCAGUAAGGAGAAUUCUCAAACCAGUGAGGAUGGACCCUCUGGCCCUCACACAUUUUCUUCUCCUGUAGUAGGGGGGGUGGCUGGCGCUGGAGGAAGCACCUCCUCCAGCAUCAACACAUAUGCCAGCAUUGAUUUCAUCAAGUCACAAGAAAUGAAAGUUUAUAAAACCAGUAGGAAGGACAACAAAGAUUGUUAAUGUUUCCACAUUCAAAAACAAGAUGGAGACGCAGUCAACGCUUGUCCUACCUCCCUGCGUGAGUGUUUGUAUGUGUUCACCUGAUGUGUUGUGAAAAAUGGUGUGAUUGCCCAAAUCCCUCAGCAGUGGACACUUAACUGCCCUGGCCUCACAUCAACAUUUACUCUCAUUAGUUUCCAUUGAUUCAAUCAAAAUAACAUUUGUGCCAAAAGACUAUAGGUCAUGUCCACCAGAGAACACAGUGACGGACAGAUCUUUCUGCCAGUCAUGAAGGGCCAAUGCAACACUUGACAACCAACCAGGAGCCAAAGGAGCAAUGAUAUUCCUUUUUUCCUCUACCACAAGUAUUGUAAAGAGAUGUUAAAUAAAUUAAAGAUGAAAAAUAUACAUCAGACAUAAUAUUAUUUAGAAUCAAUCAAACUAUCUAUCUAUACAACAUUUUUGAAAAAGUGCCUCAUUUUUAUUGUAGCCAUUUUUACAUAGGUCUUGAUGUGCUCUGUAAAAGAAAAAUGCUUUGUUCUUUGUCUUGCUUUGCCCAUUCCUUUCUGUUGCUAAGCGUAAGGUAUCCUGAACAAAGUCAAGAGGCAGAUUGGAGAGAGGGAGAGAGAAGAAAGACUAUUAGUUAUGAGGAAUAGCUUUAUUUGCUAUAGUUUCUGUAAUCAGAUUGUCUUACUGUACUGUAUAAGGAUGUGUGUGUGUGUGUGUGUGUGUGUGUGUGUGUGUGUGUGUGUGUGUGUGUGUGUGUGUGUGAGCGUGUAUUUAUCACUUUGUGGGGACCAAAUGUCCCCAUAAGGAUAGUAAAACCCGAAAUUUUUGACCUUGUGGGGACAUUUUGUCGGUCCCCAUGAGGAAAACAGCUUAUAAAUCAUACUAAAUUAUGUUUUUUGAAAAUGUAAAAAUGCAGAAAGUUUUCUGUGAGGGUUAGGUUUAGGGGUAGGGUUAGG